AUGAAACUUACCGACUUCGACUGCGUAGUUGUCGGUGGUGGUCAUGCAGGCGCUUCGGCGGCACUUGCAACGGCUGAAUCUGGAUGCAAGAAUGUCUUGAUUGUCGAAAAAGCGCCUGAAGAGUGGGUGGGAGGAAAUAGCUAUUUUACGGCCGGCGCAUUCCGCACACUACACGAUGGCCUACCAGAUCUCCUCUCCAUCGUGCGGAACGUCACGCCGGAACAAGCUCAGAAGAUCGAUGUCGAGCCGUACUCUCUCGACGACUUUUUCGGUGACAUCAUGUGCUUAGGGGAUAACAAACCGGAUGCUGUGCUCGUCGAGACUAUGGUUCACCAUUCGAGGGACGCAAUCGAGUGGCUAGCGAGAGUGGUAGAUGUCCCGUUUAUGCUGUCGUUCCAUAGGCAGGCAUAUGAAGUAGACGGAAGGCAAAAGUUUUGGGGAGGAGUUGCCUUGAGUGUUGAGGGUGGGGGUAAGGGUUUGAUCGAUGCUGAUAUGGAGGCAUUGAAGAAGGCGGGGGUGAAUAUAUGGUUCAAUACUCCAGCAGUGCAACUCAUAUAUGAACGUGGAGAGGUGACUGGGGUAGUUGUUCGCAAAGAUGGACAAGAAGUUUCGCUAGGGGCACCAUCUGUCAUACUGGCAUGUGGUGGGUAUGAAGCAAGUGUUGAGUUGCGUAUGAAAAAUAUGGGAGCUGGCUGGGAAAAAGCACGGGUUAGAGGAACGCCUUUUAAUACUGGAGACGGUAUUAGUAUGGCACAAGCUGUAGGUGCCAAACUGGUCGGCGACUGGCUUGGCUGCCACAGCACUUGCUGGGAUGCCAACGCGUCAGCUGAUGCUGGCGACCGGAAGCUAAACAACCAAUUGACAAAGAAUGGGUAUCCGCUGGGCAUCAUGGUUAAUAUCGACGGCGGGCGGUUUGUUGAUGAAGGGGAAGAUUUCCGGAAUUAUACCUACGCGAGGUGUGGGAAGGCGAUUCUUUCCCAGCCAGAAGGUUUCGCCUUUCAGGUGUGGGAUGCAAACAUGACACCUUUUCUCCGAAAGGAGGAGUAUGGUGACGGCGUCGUAGAGAAAAUUAUAGCGUCGAGCAUCGAAGAACUCGCUGACCAGAUGAUGAAACACGGCCUUCGUGACAACGCUAGAUUUCUAGAGACCGUCGGGGAGUACAAUUCAGCGGUUUCUCAAUACCGGUUGGAGAAUCCGAACCUACGAUGGGACCCUGCGGUCAAGGACGGUCUGUCCACGCAGUCUUCAACCAAGUCACUCGCUGUGCCGAAGUCCAAUUGGGCAAUGCCAGUCGAUACAGCACCUUUUCUUGCUGUGAAGGUGGCCUGUGGGAUCACAUUCACCUUUGGAGGGUUAGCAAUCGAUCCGGAGACUGCUGGAGUGCUGUCGGAAGUGGGUCAGCCUAUACCAGGUUUGUUCUGCACAGGAGAGUUGGUCGGAAAUCUGUACUACAGCAAUUAUCCCGGCGCUAGCGGAUUGACCGCCGGGACUGUGUUUGGUAGAAAGGCGGGGCUGCGAGCUGCGAAGCGAGCAAGAGAAAUAAUCAACUAA